AUGUUUCGUCUUGAUGAUCCUGAAAAUUCUCUACGUGUUGUACCGCAUAUUGCACCAGGUCAAACUUGGGUAACACUUUUUAAUGCUCCAUCGAAUGGUGUAAUUGGUGCUCGAAUUCGUAUUGAAACUGAACGUUAUUUAGGACCAACAAGUCUAGUGACCGAAUUUCAAACAAGAGAAGGUCGUCCAGGUCCAGUGACUAAUUUCCGUGGUGUACCAUUUGCUGGUAAUGGAAUUUUUCUCUUUUGGGAUCCUCCUGAUGAACCAAAUGGUUUUAUAAUUGGCUAUCAAAUUGAUUAUAGAACUAUUGAAAGUAUUGUUGCUCAACCGGGUCUUGAUCAGCCAUCAAUAAUAAUUCAAGAUCCUAAUCAACGAAGUUAUCUCAUUGGUGGACUUAAACCAAAUACAAAAUAUCGUGUUCAAGCACGAGCACGUACUAUAGUUGGUCUUUCAACAAGUCCAGCUAUGAUUGAACUUACAACAAAUUACAGUCUUGUGCCAUCAAAACCAAAAUUUUUUGUUUCAUACCGAGGAACAACAUUCUUUAAUGUUUCAUUUGAUCCAACCAUAAUGACCAUUCCUGGUAGUCUUUAUUAUGUACAAUAUAAAGAAGAUGAAAGAGAUGGUGAAUCUAUAUUUAAAAGAACAUAUGUUGUAUCAAAUGAUCGAACUAUUAUUGUUAGUCCACUUGAACCAGGUAAAACAUAUAUAACAAUAUUAGUUGCUGGUGAUGGUAUACGUGCUGAAACAAAAAGUGAUCGUCAAUUAGUUUCAACAUUGGGCAAAGAUCGUCGUCCACGAUUUAGUGAUGCACCUUGGUUUAUUGGUCUUCUUAUUUCAUUAAUUAUUUUAGUGAUUGUUCUUAUUGCGGUUUGUGUUCUUAUGACACGUAAAGGUGGAAAAUAUCCAGAACAAGAUCUGAUACAUGGUGAUGACGAUGACAAAUUUACUGAUUAUAACCGAGCACCAAGUGAUCUUUCAAUGGGAGAAAUUGAUGAUGAAAAACGACGUACAUAUUUGGUAAAAUAUGGUGAAAGUGAUGGUGUUGCUAAUGAUGGUCAACAUGAUGAUCAAAAGAAUUUUUCAACUGCUGUAUAA